CAGUGCGGAAGUAGGAAGGGGGAAUUCCUGGUGCAAGCUAAGAUUAAGCAAUCGUUGUCACUUUGACAGCAGAAAGCGUUUACCACUUCAUAAUGUCCGAAAAUUAUCGCUGCAUAUUAUUAUAUCUGAUCUAGAACUGGUGUCAGUUGCUUGUUCAGCAACAAUCAACCAGAGCUAUCUUGCUAGCCAGGCUUCUAAUCACAUACCUAGCUUGGUUAAUUAGCUAGUUGGCAAACUUUACUAGCGUGCCCAACGCUUCAACAGAACAAGCAGCAGCAUGGUGCAGCCCCAGGCAGACAUUACCCUGCACUGGGAGGUGGCUGGGGGCGAGGGGGGCGGGGCUCUUCGAGUUCCACCUGAACUGGCAUCCAAUGAGGUGGUUACAAGACUGCUGGGUGACAACCAACAGCUCAGAGAGGCGUUGCGGUGCAGUAAUCAGGCACUCCGUGAGCGCUGUGAAGAGAUGGAGGAAUGGCAGAGGAGGUCCAGGGAGGAGAGGGAGUUCCUCAGCUGUCGUUUCCAGGAGGCCCGGGCGCUGGUGGAGAGACUGGCCAGAGAAAAUCACAGCCUCUCCAGUCUGAUCAACCCCCCCAACUCUGGAUCCAACCCUGGAGCUGAUCCCGGCCUGCUGGUCAACGGGCCCAGCUCCAGUCCAGCCAACUGCAGCUCCAACGGGCCUCCUGCUGGGGAGAGAAGUGGGGGAGACCAGGGGAGGAAGAGCUCAGAGACCAACGGACCGAUAGCAUCCCCUCUGACAGCUGAAAAGAGAGGGAUGGAGAGAGGAGGGGAAAAUGAACAGAUGAUGAUCAGCAGCUUGCCUACAGAGGGUGGGAACCAGGUUCUUCUGCUGCUGAAAGGCCACAGAGAGCAAUUGGAAGAAGGGAUGAGAGAUCUUCGGAGGAGGAAUGAAGAAUUGGAGAAGGAAAGGGAGACAGGAGAGAGGGAGCGAGACGAGCUUCGUCGCUCUGUUGAAGAACUCAGAAUCAAACUGGUUCAGGCACAGAGUGGUGUCAUCACAGUGGAAACACCUCAGCGUUCUGAUGCCCCCCCACAAUCUGACAGCUCCCACCUUGCCAAACUCACAGAACAGCUGCAAGCCACACAGGGCAGACACAGAGAGUUGCAGGAGAAGUUAGAUUCCCUCCAGAAGAGGUCUGCUCAGACAGACCGGGCUGAAGUAAUGCUGAAACAGAAGGAUAAAGACUGUAACCAGCUGGCUAAGGAUGCUGAGGCCCUGAAAGCCCAGGUGACAUCUCUCCUGGGAGAACUGAGAGAGAGGCAGAGUUGUCUUGAACGGAGUCAGGAAGACCGCAGCAUCCAGGAAAAAAAGCUGAACAGUGCUCUGGAGGCAUUAGCAGCAUGUGAGAGGGAGUUGGAACAACAGAAGACACAGCAUUCUGUCACUGUGGAUAAACUCCUGCUGCAGAAACAGAACUUAGAGACCGCCCUCAAGACUGACCGACUGGUCAUCACAGAGGAGAGGAGGAAGUUAGCCCAGCUGCAGCAUGCAUACACCUGUCUGUUCAGAGACUAUGACUCCAAACUCAAGAAUGAGGAUGGAGAUGUGUGUGGGCGUCUGGAGGAAGCAGAGAGGGCUUUGGCUCUGAAACAGGAUCUGAUUGACAAGCUGAAGGAGGAGGUGGAGCAACAGAGAGGAUCCCUGGAGACUGUCCCUGUUUUGACCGCACAGGCUGAGAUCUACAAGGCUGACUUCCUGGCGGAACGAGAGGCCAGAGAGAAACUCAACCAGAGGAAAGAGGAGCUCCAAGACCAGCUGAACACGGCCCACGCUGAGAUAGAACGCCUCAAACAGGAAGGAACCUCACGGGCUCGUAUGGAGGAGAUGCAGCAAAGACACUUGGGACCCCACAUCCCUCCACAGCCAGGUGCGUUCCCUGGGGGUGCGUUCAACACAGCCCCUCCCCCUUCCUCUUUCCGUAGUGUGGGGUUGGCUGGCGGAGUGGUGGUGGGUGUACCUGGAGGCGGGGCUGAGGAGCUUCCAGACUACCGCUGUCCAAAGUGCCAGUACCAAGCCCCAGACAUGGACACCCUGCAGAUACACGUCAUGGACUGCAUCCAGUAACACUCAGAUAUACACACAAGCACAAACACACAUUAGGACUGCAUCCAGUAACACUCAGAUAUACACACAAGCACAAACACACAUUAGGACUGCAUCCAGUAACACACUCAGAUAUACACACAAGCACAAACACACAUUAGAUCUGCAUCCAGUAACACACUCAGAUAUACACACAAGCACAAACACACAUUAGAUCUGCAUCCAGUAACACACUCAGAUAUACACACAAGCACAAACACACAUUAGAUCUGCAUCCAGUAACACACUCAGAUAUACACACAAGCACAAACACACAUUAGAUCUGCAUCCAGUAACACACUCAGAUAUACACACAAGCACAAACACACAUUAGGACUGCAUCCAGUAACACUCAGAUAUACACACAAGCACAAACACACAUUAGGACUGCAUCCAGUAACACUCAGAUAUACACACAAGCACAAACACACAUUAGGUCUGUGUGUUCUGCCUGUCCUGUUCCCAAAUGGGCACUAUGUCACUUAAUGACCAAUGGACUGGUCUAAAAUGUGAAGUCAGCCCGCAUAGGGCACCGGACUAUGCAGAACCAACCGGCCCACUCAGUCACACACAGGUUUUACCAUGCAGAACCAACCGGCCCAGUCAGUCACACACAGGUUUUACCAUGCAGAACCAACCGGCCCAGUCAGUCACACACAGGUUUUACCAUGCAGAACCAACUGGCCCAGUCAGUCACACACAGGUUUUACCAUGCAGAACCAGUCAGUUACACAAAGCUUUUUGUCUGGAUAAAAAAACAAGACAUGAUCACCAAACAUUUUCAGUGGUCUUCCUUUUGGCAGCCAUGACAAAAUGUUGCUUUUUUUAUACACAUUUGCCAUGGGGCUGACAAAUGUUGCAGUUUAAACAAUAAUUUCCUGCAGUUCUAAAUAUUUUACCUUUUUUGAAACUGCUGGAGUGACUCAAACAUUGAAACAAAGUUACCAUGUCAUGACAGAAGUACUCCCAAUUCCAUGAUUCUUCCAUGCAAUAAUGCUUUUAUUUUGGUUAAUUGUUAGUUCUCUGUGAUUAUUUUAUUUAGAAGUACUAUUUAUAUAUAGUAUUUGUCGAUCUUGAUUAUCGUGUUAAGAUUUGAUGUUAAGACUUAAUCUGAUUUGUUUUUAUUAAGUUUACACCCUCUCCAAAACAAACCUGCACAUUGUCUCUCUUUUUCUCUCUCACACAAACAAACACACACACACACACACACACACACACACACACACACACACACACACACACACACACACACACAAAUACACCCCCAGCUAGAUGGAUUGCAGGAAGUGGGAAGAAUGACAAACAGUAGGUAAUCUGUAUGAUGACAUUGUCAUAGGCCUUCCUCACAAAUCUCUCCAACUCCUCGAUCCCUUCCUUUCUCACUCGACUGAUAGAUCAUGUGUGAAUGACCCCUGACUUCUGACCCCAAGCCCUGCGUCUGUGUAUCUGGGCAGCCAGUCUGUCUGUCUGAGUCUGUCUGAGUCUGUCUGAAUGUAAGCAUAUGAUAAUCCACCAGGUUUGCGUGUGGGAAUGUUAUCUGUAACGAGAGGAAGGAAAGACACUGUUUUAAACUGUGUUGGAGACAUAAUAAAUAUAUAAAUAUAUCUACA